GCCGUUGCCAAAAUGUCAUCCAGAGAUGCAAGCGCAGCCCGCUUACAGGCGACGCCGUACACAUACCAGACCGCGGUGGACCUGCUGGCCCUGCUGAGCGCGCGCGAAGACGACCAGGGCGCGACCGCCUACACCAUCCUGUUCCUGUUGUGUCUGGCCUUCGCGUGCCUGCGGUUCAGCGACCUGGGCAGGAGCACGGGCGUCGGCCUCGGGCGUGACGCGCUGCACGCUGUGUGUUGGCGCUCGAAAGGCAAACCUGCGCCGGUGCCCUGGGCCGCUUUGCGGGUGACUUGGACCGGCGUUGACUACGGCAGGCGUUUCUUCAGCCAUGUCAACGGGAUCCUCCCGCAAAGCGCAGACGCCGCGAGGGACUGGCUCUGGCCGUCGAUGGCGUUAGCGAACGGCGCCUUGGAGUUCGUCACCCCUGUGCGCCACGGUAGCUACGCCAACUGCCUGAUGGCGAUGGCAGCCGUGCACCGCCUGACAGGGCACACAGCCCACUACACGCUGCACAGCCCACGUUUCUGCAUUUGCGGCGUAGCAGGCCACGCCGGCUUCGCUCUCGAAGAGAGGCGCAGCGUGGGCCGAUGGGGCCCCGCGAGCGGCAUGCCCAUCCGCUACGACCAGAGCCGCUGCUGCGCCGAGCUUGCUGCAAAGGAACGAGCGCGGCAAAAACUUCGGGGCGGCCUCCGCCCAGGCGGCGACUACGGGUUGCCGACGGUAGACGCGGUGGCGACAGAGCUGAGGGCGAGAGCGCGCGCAGCAAAGCAGCGGGCAGCGGCUCACGCACCCAGAGCCCAGGCUCCGCAACCGCCAGAGCUGCCGCUGGCCCGCGCGCUGAUCAACCACAAGACAGGCAUGCUGCACAAGGACCCGCCGUGCAAACAGGUGUUUCAGGACCAGCAGCGCGGAGACACCAGAAUGGGCAGACUUGGGCGCGCCGCGCUCAGCGCGCAGCAGUGCCGGAUCCACCAGCGGCAGCUCUUCCAGGAGCUCGUCUGGGUCGAGCACGACAGCGCAGCGCGCUGUUGCCACAGCUGGACGCAGACCUUAAAGCUGAGCAGGAUGCGCCCCCCUCCGGGCAACGACAAGCUGCGGCGCCGAUCAGUCUUCCCGUGA